AUGUACUGGUCAACCUCCCCCUGCAGAACUAGUCCCGACACCACCGAAAGGGACCACAGAACAUGUACAUGUUCGCAACAACUACUCAAGGCCGCCUUCGAAGCAGCCACAAUAGCCAGCCACGAAUGCCGCAACCGUCUUUUCCACGCAAUCUACUGCGACCUUGAGGUCCAUUCAAAAACAAAAGGCAGCAAGCCACUCCACUCCUUCUGCAUCCCCAACAACUUUAUAGAUAUCAUCGGCCCAGCGCUCGACCCGCAAAUCCAACAUAUUCUGUGUCUGCACAACUUGCAAAGGAAAUACAAGUAUGUUUCCAAGCUUCGCAAGAUCUUUUUAAUCGCUAUGCUUGCUUCGGUGGAUUACAUUGACUUUCUUGGGGACAUGGUCAAAGUUGUUGACAAUAACCAGGGGCAGUUAUCCGAUGACAAGCUCCCUAUCGAAGGCAGCCAGGUGAGGGGCUUGAAUGAGAAGUACGCGGCGAACUUUCGGGAGUUUUUUUGGUAUCAGUACCUUUUUCUUGAUGGAUACUGCGGGGAAAAAGGUGGUCAGGUCGGCGGCUUUGAGUUUGGCGUUGAUGUCGCGUUCUGA